UGAAGUUUAGUCAAAAGAUAUUGUUGAUUUUUGAGAUUCGGCCGUGUCGUCUUGGUCCGGUUGAGUUUGACGGGUAUAUUUGCGAUCGUUAUUCUGUACGAUGAGUACAAGUGUCAAUUUUUAGGUUAGUUAAGACUUGCACUGUCGUUUGUUAAGUGUAAUUCCGCAUAUUUCGCUAUGUUCUUCAUUGUAAAUAAUUGUCGACAAUGGUUCGGGUAAAUUGAAGCUUUGCGGCCGUGUUAAAUUUUUGCGUUGUCAGAAAUGUCAUUGAUUCUGAAGAUUGUUUCGACAUAUCUUCGCUGAAGUUGAGAGAAUCGAGAAUAUUUUGUGAAUGACGCCGAGGAAGCUACAUUGACGAAAAUUCACGAGAAUUAUAGAGACAAUGGCGACCGAUGUCGAGGAAUCGGAUACAGACGAACAUGAGAGACCUAUUCCCCCUAAGCGACAGUGCAUGCGAUUAUCCAAGGUCAAUGAAACUUGUUGGAAUACGGAGCAACACAUGAAUAUAAACAUGGAGAUGAUGGAAGAUAAUUUAGAGAAUAAUGACUAUGAUGAAGUAGAAAGACACGCAAGGGAGAAGCUUAAAAGGUGGCAAGCUUUCCAAGCUGCCAAAGGAACUAUGGACAAUACUGUCAAUAAAGUUUUAGAGGAUUGCAAUAUGAUAACAGCACUUGAUUGUCUGGAAGAGGAUCUUACUGAGGGAUUAUUCCGUUUCUUCCGAGAAAAUGACAUGGAAGAUACAGCAGUGAUGAUGGCAAUUCGGAAUUAUGGCUUAGUCCAAUCAGUUGAGCCUGUGUCUCAGUCUCAUGAUGAUAAGACUCCAGACUAUCGGGCCGAUAGUGAUUACAUAGGUGUGCAUUGUUCUUUUCCAUCUAAUCAUAUACAGGAUAUCAAAGACUUGCCAGCCACUUUGCCCACAACAUCCACAAAUCCUUCACGAUUAAGCAAUUCUAUAGAAAUGGGAAGAUGCAAUGCAACAAAUUUGGAUGAAGAUAAAAUAUACGACAGUGAUCAGCCGGAAGAUUUCUUGGAACGAGCUGUGGCAGAAGCAAUCAAGAAGAAAGGCUUGAGUGCUUUGAGUGUGGAUUACUGAUGAAUAAGCUGAUUAACAGCCUCAUUCCUUUGGUGUAUUUACAUAGUAGCAUAAUGCAUCUAAUUGUUGUGCUCUGUGAACUUACUGCGAUUCGUAAUAUUUUAUUUUAUUGUUGACUUUUAUCAUACAACAGCUACAAUGCAUUUUAUCAUAUGUAUUAGAAUACUUUUUAUUCAAAUGUAUACAUUCCAAUGUAGCAACUUGCUUAUGAAAGAUAUGAUUUGUGAUCUGUUAUAUUUAGUCAUGUGAAAGAUAACUUGAAACAUAAUCGGUUUUUUGAUGAUUAACCUUUUUUAAUAGCCAGCUACCGCUCAUAGUAUUAAUACCAUAUAUUUCUACAAAUAUACAUAAAAAAAUAUAUAUUUAUGUUAAGUCAAAUUAGCUUUGUAAACAAUACAUACUUGAGAAGCAUGA